AUGGGUCGCGGGCGGCGUCCGAAUCUGGCGCUCGAGCCCACACGCGCGCUCCAGACCCAGCGCGCCUUCCGACAGCGCAAGGCAGAGCAUCUGGCCGGCCUCGAGGCCACGGUGAAACAGCUCACCGACGAAAACGCACGCCUCCGACAGCUCCUCCAGCGCGAUGCUGCCUCGCCCGGCCACAGCAGAUCACCCCAUCUCACUGCCCACCCACCUCCCGCACACGUAGCUGCAAGUGGAUCGCGGUCGUCUGCGUCGUCGACAUCGGCGUCUACACCUACAUCGCUGCCUACGGCUACGUGCGAGAGCUGUGCACCCAUCCUGCACGCCAACCGUCAGCUGGCGGUAGCAGCCACCCACGUCGAUGCACACAUGGCACAGCUUCAACACGCCGUCAAGUCGCUCCGCUCGGUGCUUGUACACCACAACAUUCCCGUGCCCGCACAUCUGCUCGAGCCGCCCAACGAUGAGGCGUAUCGCCAUUCCAAACGCAUGCGCUACGAGCCAGGUGCACACGGGGACCAUGCGUCGCCUGCAGCUUCGGGCGUGCAUAUGACAGCCAGCUACUUUGCGCCAGGCGAAUCUUGGCACGAUCCAGCCCAACGCAGAAGUGUCCCCGCAUCGCAGGCAUCGCAGGCAUGGCACACGCCCAGUCCAGGAUCGAUACUCGCGGCACCCACACCGCCGUCAGCUGGGUACAGCCCUCGGCACGCUGGAGCGUUUAGUCCGCCAGCGACCGAGGCGAGGAGGCGGGCACCGUCGCGACAGAGCUCGACGGCAAGAUUACCGCCAGCGUCGCCGCGGUAUACGCAGCUGCCGCCACUCGCGCCGUUUGUGGAGCGCGAAGAGAGGGCGAGGACCGAGGCGUUGCAUGCCGGCGCGCGCAGUCACUCUUCCGGCUCGAGUCCGGCCUAUGUCAAUUCACCGUUCAGGGGCGCGGCACCAUUGCACUCGCCACGCGUCCGAUCCGUCCCCUCCCCACGCCCAUCAGAACCCCACCUCUCGGAACCGCCCAAGCCCGCGUCAACAUCCGAGCCAAAUCCGUGCGGCAGUGCAGGCAAGCCCGGCUGCUGUUCCAAACUCGACGCGCCGCCCGCCCGACCCGAACCGAAGGAUUGGGUACCCGCUCCACUCGGCAUCUCGUUCGACAUGCGCACCUCGCCCACCAACGACGCCAAGCCCUCCAACGAUCAGGAAUGCUGUUUCGGACUGGUGAACUGCGACGACCAGGGUCGCAUCAUCAUUUGA